AUGAAUGAUGAUGAUGAUGAUGAUGAUGAUGAUGAUGAUGAUGAUGAUGAUGAUGAUGAUGAUGAUGAUGAUGAUGAUGAUGAUGAUGAUGAUGAUGAUGAUGAUGAUGAUGAUGAUGAUGAUGAUGAUGAUGAUGAUGAUGAUGAUGAUGAUGAUGAUGAUGAUGAUGAUGAUGAUGAUGAUGAUGAUGAUGAUGAUGAUGAUGAUGAUGAUGAUGAUGAUGAUGAUGAUGAUGAUGAUGAUGAUGAUGAUGAUGAUGAUGAUGAUGAUGAUGAUGAUGAUGAUGAUGAUGAUGAUGAUUAUGAUUUGGUGAACGAAAAUGAAUAUGACAAUAUACAUACCGACCUUCGGAAAAUAGAUGAUUUUUUAAAAUCUUAG